AUGUCUUUUUCCUUCGAAAUUAAUCCACGACUUUUGACCGAUCUUCCUCCUCCUCUACCAUCCCAUCAAACUCUCCACUCAAUCUAUGACUACCAACAGCAUCCACUUCUACCUCUUGAACAAGCUUGUCAACCACUCCACGAUAUUCUCGGCACCGAACUACAACUCUACAUGACGAUCGCCAAUCUCAACUGUCAACAGCCCAAACAUGGCCUCACACAAGAUGAAUCAGCAUCCAUCUAUUUGUACACAAUGGAAUGGAAUGAACCACACCACAGUCUCCACGUUCUUCUCAAUCAAGCUCUUUCUUCUCUCGAUCCCAAUCAACUUCAACCUUGGCUCAACUAUCUCAAACUAUUCUACACAGCACUCUUCAAACUACCGUAUGCUGAGUAUGAUACACUGUGGCAUGGUGUGGCGAAAGAUGUUGGUGAAGAGUUUCGCGAAGGAGAUGAAGUGACAUGGUGGUCGUUGACUUCGAUGACAUCUUCGUUCGAUGCUCUUCAGUCUCCAAUGUAUUUGGGAAGAGAAGAAGUGCAGACGGUGUUUUCGAUCGAGACGAAGUAUGGAAAGUCGAUUCGAGAGCACUCGCAUGUUCAGAAUGACGAUGAGAUAGUUCUGCUUCCUGGCGUAACUGUGAAAGUGGUUGGAUCGUCGAAAGGUGAAGACGGAAUUCAAAUAGUUCAGUUGUGUGAGGUAGGUUUGCCUGAUGAUUUUAUAGUGGACGACACCAUUCCAGUAGCAGAUGGAUAUCGUAAUCCGGAGCUUGGAAAAAUAAUUCAAGCGUCCCCAACUCGUGGUAAAUUGACUUUAGACUCGAUGAAUUUAAAUGAUCAAGAUAUGGAGAUUGUCGUGAAGUUAGGUUUAAUUGAAAAGAGAUGUAUGAUUCUAUCGCUUCGUGACAAUCUAAUAACUUCUGUCGGUGCAUCUAUCUUAUCGGAAGCAUUUCUUGGAAAUACCGCUUUUAAAUCGUUGAUUCUCGAUGGAAACCGCAUACUGGAUGUAGGUGUUCAGUCACUUGCCAAAGGAUUAUCAGAUGAGAACAUCUAUUUUCGUACUCUUUAUCUGAAUUCUGUUGGAAUGUCGGAUGCCGGUUGUGAAUACCUCGCUGAAGCGAUCAGAAUCAAUCAUUGCAUAAUCUACUUAUUUUUAAACAACAAUGAGAUUACCGAUCGGGGAGUUCGAGUAUUACUCGAAAGCAUUAGAUCGGGUCAGUGUGGUUUAACAAUGCUAACCUUAUCCGGCAACAACCUAAUAACUGACGACAGUGUAGACGUGAUAUGCUCUGCUAUAUCCACCAAUAUCACCUUUCAUCAAUUGCAUUUAUGUCAUUGCAGUUUGACGCCCGCAGAAGUAGUGAAGUCUUUAUCUUCAACUAUAAGAAGCUCGGACGAACGAAGCAAAGAAAUGCAAACGCCGAGGGAUUUCUUAUGUCCAAUAUCGCUUGCCGUUAUGGAAAUGCCUGUUAUAUUAAUCGAAGAUGGUCGUAGUUACGAAAAGCGUCAAAUAGAACGUUGGUUAAGUACUAAUAAUACAUCUCCCAUGACAGAGUUUCGCGAAAAACAAGAAAAAGCACAGCAUUGUGAAUUACUCUCACGUGAAUUAGUUAUUAAGCCUGGAGGAUUGCCAGAAGAGUUCCAAGACAAGAAACAUCCCCGAUUGCGGAUUAAAAUAUGUACGUUGGGUGAUAGAAGCGUAGGCCCUGAUAUGAUAGCGUUGCAUCUGGAUGGUUUAUUCCAAGAACGGUAUGCCGUUUCCAUCACAGUUGUCGAUCUACCAGGUAACAUGAGAUACAAUAACGUUUGGACAGAUCAAUAUAGAUGUCAUGGUGCAAUAUUUGUUUGUGAUGUAAGCCAACCGGAAACGUUGAAAGAUGUAAUAGAUGGAUGGUAUCCUAAGUUCAAACAACAUCGCUCUACUGGGUGCCAAUCGGUACUUCUGUGUCAUAAAAUUGAUCUAUCUGAAGAUCCGGAAGAUCAAAUAUUCAAAGACGCCGAACAAUUUGCGAUGGAAAACGAUAUAUCUCUAUUUCAUACAUCGGCGGUUACUGAAAAAAAUAUACAAGCAAUGUUUAAUCAAUUAGUGUUAUGUAUACUGGCUAGUCGUUCUUUGUUAGACCAAUUAAAGAACAAUGGUAGCAAUACAAUUACUGACGGUCAGAAUCGAAGAGAAUCAGUUCAACUGAGACCCCCUGUUAGAAAACCAAAGAAGGAAACUGGGUGUUGUUAG